GUGGCGCGCGCCCGGACCAAGGCGCGCGCCCGGACCAAGGCGCUGCGCGCGCGGACCAAGGCUGCGCGCGGCCGGACCAAGGCGCGCGCGCCCGGACCAAGGCGCGCGCGCCCGGACCAAGGCGCGCGCGCCCGGACCAAGACGCGCGCCCGGACCAAGGCGCGCGCGCCCGGACCAAGACGCGCGCCCGGACCAAGGCGCGCGCGCGGACCAAGGCGCGCGCGCAAACCAAGGCGCGCACGCGGACCAAGGCGCGCGCCCGGACCAAGGCGCGCGCGCCCAGACCAAGGCGCGCGCGCCCGGACCAAGGCGCGCCCCCGGACCAAGGCGCUGCGCGCGGACCAAGGCGCUGCGCGCGGACCAAGGCGCGCGCCCGGACCAAGGCGCAGGCGCGCGCGCCCGGACCAAGGCGCGUGCGCCCGGACCAAGGCGCGCGCCCGGACCAAGGCGCGCGCGCGGACCAAGGCGCGCGCCCGGACCAAGGCGCGCGCCCGGACCAAGGCGCGCGCGCGGACCAAGGCGCGCGCGCGGACCAAGGCGCGCGCCCGGACCAAGGCGCGCGCGCUAACCAAGGCGCCGCGCGCGGACCAAGGCGCGCGCCCGGGACCAAGGCGCGCCGACCAAGGCCUCGCGCGCGCGCGGACCAAGGCGCGCGCCCCCGGACCAAGGCGCGCGCCUGGACCAAGGCGCGCGCCCGGGACCAAGGCGCGCGCCCGGACCAAGGCGCGCGCCGGACCAAGGCGCGCGCCCGGGACCAAGGCGUGCGCGCGGACCAAGGCGCGCGCGCGGACCAAGGCGCGCGCCGGACCAAGGCGCGCGCCCGGACCAAGGCGCGCGCGCCGGACCAAGGCGCGCGCCCGGACCAAGGCGCGCGCCCGGACCAAGGCGCGCGCCCGGACCAAGGCGCGCGCCCGGACCAAGGCGCGCCCGACCAAGGCUCGCGCGUCCGGACUAAGGCGCGCGCGCCCGGACCAAGGCGCGCGCGCCCGGACCAAGGCGCGCGCCCGGACCAAGGCGCCGCGCCGCGGACCAAGGCGCGCGCGCGGACCAAGGCGCGCGCGCGGACCAAUACGCGCGCGCGGACCAAGGCGCGCGCCCGGACCAAGGCGCGCGCCCGGACCAAGGCGCGCGCCCGGACCAAGGCGCGCGCCCCGACCAAGGCGCGCGCCCGGACCAAGGCGCGCGCCCGGACCAAGGCUGCGCGCGCGGACCAAGGCGCGCGCGCGGACCAAGGCGCGCGCGCGCGGACCAAGGCGCGCGCCCGGACCAAGGCGCGCGCGCCCGGACCAAGGCGCGCGCCCCCGACCAAGGCGCGCGCCCGGACCAAGGCGCGCGCGCCCGGACCAAGGGGCGCGCGCCCGGACCAAGGCGCGCGCGCGGACCAAUACGCGCGCGCGGACCAAGGCGCUCGCCCGGACCAAGGCGCGCGCCCGGACCAAGGCGCGCGCCCGGACCAAGGCGCGCGCCCCGACCAAGGCGCGCGCCCGGACCAAGGCGCGCGCCCGGACCAGGGCGCGCGCGCGGACCAAGGCGCGCGCGCGGACCAAGGCGCGCGCGCGCGGACCAAGGCGCGCGCCCGGACCAAGGCGCGCGCGCCCGGACCAAGGCGCGCGCCCCGACCAAGGCGCGCGCCCGGACCAAGGCGCGCGCGCCCGGACCAAGGGGCGCGCGCCCGGACCAAGGCGCGCGCGCGGACCAAUACGCGCGCGCGGACCAAGGCGCGCGCCCGGACCAAGGCGCGCGCCCGGACCAAGGCGCGCGCCCGGACCAAGGCGCGCGCCCCGACCAAGGCGCGCGCCCGGACCAAGGCGCGCGCCCGGACCAAGGCCGCGCGCGCGGACCAAGGCGCGCGCGCGGACCAGGGCGCGCGCGCGGACCAAGGCGCGCGCCCGGACCAAGGCGCAGGCGCGCGCGCCCGGACCAAGGCGCGUGCGCCCGGACCAAGGCGCGCGCCCGGACCAAGGCGCGCGCGCGGACCAAGGCGCGCGCCCGGACCAAGGCGCGCGCCCGGACCAAGGCGCGCGCGCGGACCAAGGCGCGCGCGCGGACCAAGGCGCGCGCGCGGACCAAGGCGCGCGCCCGGACCAAGGCGCGCGCGCGGACCAAGGCGCGCGCGCGGACCAAGGCGCUGCGCGCGGACCAAGGCGCGCGCCCGGACCAAGGCGCGCCGACCAAGGCGCGCGCGCGCGGACCAAGGCGCGCGCGCGGGACCAAGGCGCGCGCCCCCGGACCAAGGCGCGCGCCUGGACCAAGGCGCGCGCCCGGACCAAGGCGCGCGCCCGGACCAAGGCGCGCGCCCGGACCAAGGCGCGCGCCCGGACCAAGGCGUGCGCGCGGACCAAGGCGCGCGCGCGGACCAAGGCGCGCGCCCGGACCAAGGCGCGCGCCCGGACCAAGGCGCGCGCGCGGACCAAGGCGCGCGCCCGGACCAAGGCGCGCGCCCGGACCAAGGCGCGCGCCCGGACCAAGGCGCGCGCCCGGACCAAGGCGCGCGCCCGGACCAAGGCGCGCGCGUCCGGACUAAGGUGCGCGCGCGCGGACCAAGGCCGCGCGCGCCCGGAUCAAGGGGCGCGCGCCCGGACCAAGGCGCGCGCGCCCGGACCAAGGCGCGCGCGCCCGGACCAAGGCGCGCGCGCCCGGACCAAGGCGCGCGCCCGGACCAAGGCGCGCGCGCUGACCAAGAAGCGCGCCCGGACCAAGGCGCGCGCCCGGACCAAGGCGCGCGCCCGGACCAAGGCGCGCGCGCGCGGACCAAGGCGCGCGCCCGGACCAAGGCGCGCGCGCGGACCAAGGCGCGCGCCCGGACCAAGGCGCGCGCCCGGACCAAGGCGCGCGCCCGGACCAAGGCGCGCGCCCGGACCAAGGCUGCGCGCGUCCGGACCAAGGUGCGCGCGCGCGGACCAAGGCUGCGCGCGCCCGGAUCAAGGGGCGCGCGCCCGGACCAAGGCGCGCGCGCUCGGACCAAGGCGCGUGCGCGGACCAAGGCGAAGCGCGCGGACCAAUGCGCGCGCCCGGACCAAGGUGCGCGCGCCCGGACCAAGGCGCGCGCCCGGACCAAGGCCGCGCGCGCGCGGACCAAGGCGCGCGCGGCCGGACCAAGGCGCGCGCGCCCGGACCAAGGCGCGCGCGCCCGGACCAAGGCGCGCGCGCCCGGACCAAGACGCGCGCCCGGACCAAGGCUGCGCGCGCCCGGACCAAGACGCGCGCCCGGACCAAGGCGCCUGCGCGCGGACCAAGGCGCGCGCGCAAACCAAGGCGCUGCGCGCGGACCAAGGCGCGCGCCCGGACAGGGCGCGCGCGCCCGGACCAAGGCGCGCGCGCCCAGACCAAGGCGCGCGCGCCCGGACCAAGGCGCGCCCCCGGACCAAGGCGCGCGCGCGGACCAAGGCGCGCGCGCGGACCAAGGCGCGCGCCCGGACCAAGGCGCGCGCCCGGACCAAGGCGCGCGCCCGGACCAAGGCGCGCGCCCGGACCAAGGCUCGCGCGCGUCCGGACCAAGGUGCGCGCGCGCGGACCAAGGCGCGCGCGCCCGGAUCAAGGGGCGCGCGCCCGGACCAAGGCGCGCGCGCUCGGACCAAGGCGCUAGUGCGCGGACCAAGGCGAGCGCGGCGGACCAAUGCGCGCGCCCGGACCAAGGUGCGCGCGCCCGGACCAAGGCGCGCGCCCGGACCAAGGCGCGCGCGCGCGGACCAAGGCCGCGCGCGGCCGGACCAAGGCGCGCGCGCCCGGACCAAGGCGCGCGCGCCCGGACCAAGGCGCGCGCGCCCGGACCAAGACGCGCGCCCGGACCAAGGCGCGCGCGCCCGGACCAAGACGCGCGCCCGGACCAAGGCGCGCGCGCGGACCAAGGCGCGCGCGCAAACCAAGGCGCGCGCGCGGACCAAGGCGCGCGCCCGGACAGGGCGCGCGCGCCCGGACCAAGGCGCGCGCGCCCAGACCAAGGCUGCGCGCGCCCGGACCAAGGCGCGCCCCCGGACCAAGGCGCGCGCGCGGACCAAGGCGCGCGCCCGGACCAAGGCGCGCGCCCGGACCAAGGCGCGCGCCCGGACCAAGGCUCCCGCGUCCGGACCAAGGUGCGCGCGCGCGGACCAAGGCGCGCGCGCCCGGAUCAAGGGGCGCGCGCCCGGACAAGGCGCGCGCCCGGACCAAGGCGCGCGCCCGGACCAAGGCCCGCGCCCGGACCAAGGCGCGCGCCCGGACCAAGGCGCGCGCGCCCGGACCAAGGCGCGCGCGCCCGGACUAAGGCGCGCGCGCGGACCAAGGCGCACGCCUGGACCAAGGCGCGUCCGGACCAAGGCGCGCGCCCGGACCAAGGCGCGCGCCCCCGGACCAAGGCGCGCGCCCGGACCAAGGCGCGCGCCCGGACCAAGGCGCGCGCGCGGACCAAGGCGCGCGCCCGGACCAAGGCGUGCGCGCGGACCAAGGCGCGCGCCCGGACCAAGGCGCGCGCCCGGACCAAGGCGCGCGCCCGGACCAAGGCGCGCGCGCGGACCAAGGCGCGCGCCCGGACCAAGGCGCGCGCCCGGACCAAGGCGCGCGCGCCCGGACCAAGGCGCCUGCGCGCGCGGACCAAGGCGCGCGUGCCCGGAUCAAGGGGCGCGCGCCCGGACCAAGGCGCGCGCGCCCGGACUAAGGCGCGCGCGCGGACCAAGGCGCGCGCCCGGACCAAGGCGCGCGCCCGGACCAAGGCGCGCGCCGGGGACCAAGGCGCGCGCGCCCGGACCAAGGCGCGCGCGCCCGGACCAAGGCGCCGCGCGCGGACCAAGGCGCGCGCUUGGACCAAGGCGCGCCCGAACCAAGGCGCGCGCCCGGACCAAGGCGCGCGCCCGGACCAAGGCGCGCGCCCGGACCAAGGCGCGCGCCCGGACCAACGCGUGCGCCCGGACCAACGCGCGCGCCCAGACCAAGACGCGACGCCCGGACCAAGGCGAGCGCCCGGCGCGCGGACCAAGGCGCGCGCCCGGACCAAGGCGCGCGCGCGGACCAAGGCGCGCGCGCAGACCAAGGCGCGCGCGCGGACCAAGGCGCGGACGCGGACCAAGGCGCGCGCCCGGACCAAGGCGCGCGCGCCCGGACCAAGGCGCGCGCGCCCGGACCAAGGCGCGCGCCCGGACCAACGCGCGCGCCCGGACCAACGCGCGCGCCCGGACCAACGCGCGCGCCCGGACCAACGCGCGCGCCCGGACCAAGGCGCGCGCCCGGACCAAGGCGCGCGCCCCCGGACCAAGGCGCGCGCCCGGACCAAGGCCGCGCGCGCCCGGACCGAGGCGCGCGCCCGGACCAAGGCGCGCGCCCGGACCAACGCGCGCACCCGGACCAACGCGCGCGCCCGGACCAAGACGCGACGCCCGGACCAAGGCGAGCGCCCGGCGCGCGGACGAAGUGCGCGCGCGCAGACCAAGGCGCGCGCGCCCGGAUCAAGGGGCGCGCGCCCGGACCAAGGGGCGGCAGCGCGCGCGCCCGGACCAAGGCCCUGCGCGCGCCCGGACCAAGGCGCGCGCGCCCGGACCAAGGCGCGCGCCCGGACCAAGGCGCGCGCGCUGACCAAGAAGCGCGCCCGGACCAAGGCGCGCGCCCGGACCAAGGCGCGCGCCCAGACCAAGGCGCGCGCGCGGACCAAGGCGCGCGCGCGGACCAAGGCGCGCGCGCGGACCAAGGCGCGCGCCCGGACCAAGGCGCGCGCGCGCGGACCAAGGCGCGCGCCCGGACCAAGGCGCGCGCCCGGACCAAGGCGCGCGCCCGGACCAAGGCGCGCGCGUCCGGACCAAGGUGCGCGUGCGCGGACCAAGGCGCGCGCGCCCGGAUCAAGGGGCGCGCGCCCGGACCAAGGCGCGCGCGCUCUGACCAAGGCGCUGUGCGCGGACCAAGGCGAGCGCGCGGACCAAUGCGCGCGCCCGGACCAAGGUGCGCGCGCCCGGACCAAGGCGCGCGCCCGGACCAAGGCGCGCGCGCGCGGACCGAGGCGCGCGCGGCCGGACCAAGGCGCGCGCGCCCGGACCAAGGCGCGCGCGCCCGGACCAAGACGCGCGCCCGGACCAAGGCGCGCGCGCCCGGACCAAGACGCGCGCCCGGACCAAGGCGCGCGCGCAAACCAAGGCGCGCGCGCGGACCAAGGCGCGCGCGCGGACCAAGGCGCGCGCCCGGACCAAGGCGCGCGCGCCCGGACCAAGGGGCGCGCCCGGACCAAGGCGCGCGCGCCCGGACCAAGGGGCGCGCGCGGACCAAGGCGCGCGCCCGGACCAAGGCGCGCGCGCGGACCAAGGCGCGCGCGCGGACCAAGGCGCGCGCGCGGACCAAGGCGCGCGCCCGGACCAAGGCGCGCGCGCCCGGACCAAGGGGCGCGCCCGGACCAAGGCAGCGCGCGCCCGGACCAAGGGGCGCGCGCGGACCAAGGCGCCGCGCGCGGACCAAGGCGCGCGCGGACCAAGGCGCGCGCGCUGACCAAGAAGCGCGCCCGGACCAAGGCGCGCGCCCGGACCAAGGCGCGCGCCCAGACCAAGGCUGCGCGCGCGGACCAAGGCGCUGCGCGCGGACCAAGGCGCGCGCGCGGACCAAGGCGCGCGCCCGGACCAAGGCGCGCGCGCGGACCAAGGCGCGCGCCCGGACCAAGGCGCGCGCCCGGACCAAGGCGCGCGCCCGGACCAAGGCGCGCGCGUCCGGACCAAGGUGCGCGUGCGCGGACCAAGGCGCGCGCGCCCGGAUCAAGGGGCGCGCGCCCGGACCAAGGCGCGCUGCGCUCUGACCAAGGCGCGUGCGCGGACCAAGGCGAUGCGCGCGGACCAAUGCGCGCGCCCGGACCAAGGUGCGCGCGCCCGGACCAAGGCGCGCGCCCGGACCAAGGCGCUGCGCGCGCGGACCGAGGCGCGCGCGGCCGGACCAAGGCGCGCGCGCCCGGACCAAGGCGCGCGCGCCCGGACCAAGACGCGCGCCCGGACCAAGGCGCGCGCGCCCGGACCAAGACGCGCGCCCGGACCAAGGCGCGCGCGCAAACCAAGGCGCGCGCGCGGACCAAGGCGCGCGCCCGGACAGGGCGCGCGCGCCCGGACCAAGGCGCGCGCGCCCAGACCAAGGCGCGCGCGCCCGGACCAAGGCGCGCCCCCGGACCAAGGCGCGCUGCGCGCGCGCGCGCCUGGACCAAGGCGCGCGCCCGGACCAAGGCUCCCGCGUCCGGACCAAGGUGCUGCGCGCGCGGACCAAGGCUAGCGCGCGCCCGGAUCAAGGGGCGCGCGCCCGGACCAAGGCGCGCGCCCGGACCAAGGCGCGCGCCCGGACCAAGGCCCGCGCCCGGACCAAGGCGCGCGCCCGGACCAAGGCGCGCGCGCCCGGACCAAGGCGCGCGCGCCCGAACUAAGGCUGCGCGCGCGGACCAAGGCGCGCGCCUGGACCAAGGCGCGUCCGGACCAAGGCGCGCGCCCGGACCAAGGCGCGCGCCCCCGGACCAAGGCGCGCGCCCGGACCAAGGCGCGCGCCCGGACCAAGGCGCGCGCGCGGACCAAGGCGCGCGCGGACCAAGGCGCGCGCCGGACCAAGGCGCGCGCGCGGACCAAGGCGCGCGCCCGGGACCAAGGCGCGCGCGCGGACCAAGGCGCGCGCGCGGACCAAGGCGCGCGCCCGGACCAAGGCGCGCGCCCGGACCAAGGCGCGCGCCCGGACCAAGGCGCGCGCGCCCGGACCAAGGCGCGCGCGCGCGGACCAAGGCGCGCGUGCCCGGAUCAAGGGGCGCGCGCCCGGAUCAAGGCGCGCGCGCCCGGACUAAGGCGCGCGCGCGGACCAAGGCGCGCGCCCGGACCAAGGCGCGCGCCCGGACCAAGGAGCGCGCCGGGACCAAGGCGCGCGCGCCCGGACCAAGGCGCGCGCGCCCGGACCAAGGCGCGCGCGCGGACCAAGGCGCGCGCUUGGACCAAGGCGCGCCCGAACCAAGGCGCGCGCCCGGACCAAGGCGCGCGCCCGGACCAAGGCGCGCGCCCGGACCAAGGCGCGCGCCCGGACCAAGGCGCGCGCGCCCGGACCGAGGCGCGCGCCCGGACCAAGGCGCGCGCCCGGACCAACGCGUGCGCGCGGACCAACGCGCGCGCCCAGACCAAGACGCGACGCCCGGACCAAGGCGAGCGCCCGGCGCGCGGACCAAGGCGCGCGCCCGGACCAAGGCGCGCGCGCGGACCAAGGCGCGCGCGCGGACCAAGGCGCGGACGCGGACCAAGGCGCGCGCCCGGACCAAGGCGCGCACCCGGACCAAGGCGCGCGCGCCCGGACCAAGGCGCGCGCCCGGACCAAGGCGCGCACCCGGACCAAGGCGCGCGCCCCCGGACCAAGGCGCGCACCCGGACCAAGGCGCGCGCCCGGACCAAGGCGCGCGCCCGGACCAAGGCGCACGCGCCCGGAUCAAGGGGCGCGCGCCCGGACCAAGGCGCGCACGCCCGGACCAAGGCGCGCGCGCGGACCAAGGCGCGCGCCCGGACCCAGGCGCGCGCCCGGACCAAGGCGCGCGCCCGGACCAAGGCGCGCGCGCCCGGACCAAGGCGCGCGCGCGGACCAAGGCGCGCGCCCGGACCAAGGCGCGCGCGCCCGGAUUGAGGCGCGCGCCCGGACCAACGCGCGCGCCCGGACCAAGACGCGACGCCCAGACCAAGGCGAGCGCCCGGCGCGCGGACCAAGGCGCGCGCCCGGACCAAGUCGGCGCGCGGACCAAGGCGCGCGCGCGGACCAAGGCGCGGACGCGGACCAAGGCGCGCACCCGGACCAAGGCGCGCACCCGGACCAAGGCGCACGCGCCCGGACCAAGGCGCACGCGCCCGGACCAAGGCGCGCGCCCGGACCAAGGCGCGCGCCCGGACCAAGGCGCGCGCCCCCGGACCAAGGCGCGCACCCGGACCAAGGCGCGCGCCCGGACCCAGGCGCGCGCGCGGACCAAGGCGCGCGCCCGGACCAAGGCGCGCGCGCCCGGACCAAGGGGCGCGCGCCCGGACCAAGGCGCGCGCCCGGACCAAGGCGCGCGCCCGGACCAAGGCGCGCGCGCCCGGACCAAGGCGCUGCGCGCGGACCAAGGCGCGCGCUUGGACCAAGGCGCGCCCGUACCAAGGCGCGCGCCCGGACCAAGGCGCGCGCCCGGACCAAGGCGCGCGCCCGGACCAAGGCGCGCGCGCCCGGACCGAGGCGCGCGCCCGGACCAAGGCGCGCGCCCGGACCAACGCGCGCGCCCGGACCAACGCGCGCGCCCGGACCAAGACGCGACGCCCGGACCAAGGCGAGCGCCCGGCGCGCGGACGAAGGUGCGCGCCCGGACCAAGGCGCGCGCGCGGACCAAGGCGCGCGCGCAGACCAAGGCGCGCGCGCGGACCAAGGCGCGGACGCGGACCAAGGCGCGCGCCCAGACCAAGGCGCGCACCCGGACCAAGGCGCGCGCCCCCGGACCAAGGCGCGCACCCGGACCAAGGCGCGCUCGCCCGGACCAAGGCGCGCGCGCCCGGACCAAGGCGCGCGCGCCCGGACCAAGGCUGCGCGCGCCCGGACAAAGGCGCGCGCGCCCGGACCAAGGCGCGCGCCCGGACCAAGUCGCGCGCCCGGACCAAGGCGCGCGCCCCCGGACCAAGGCGCGCACCCGGACCAAGGCGCACGCCCGGACCAAGGCGCGCGCCCGGACCAAGGCGCGCGCCCGGACCAAGGCGCGCGCGCUGACCAAGGCGCGCGCCCGGACCAAGGCCGCGCGCGCCCGGACCAAGGCUCGCGCGCCCGGACCAAGGCUCGCGCGCCCGGACCAAGGCGCGCGCCCGGACCAAGGCGCGCGCGUGGACCAAGGCGCGCGCGUGGACCAAGGCGUGCGCCCGGACCAAGGCUGCGCGCGCCCGGACCAAGGCGCGCUGCGCGCGGACCAAGGCCCGCGCGCCCGGACUAAGGCGCGCGCGCCCGGACCAAGGGGCGCGCGCCCAGACCAAGGCGGGCGCCCGGACCAAGGCGCGCGCGCAGACCAAGGGGCGCGCCCGGACCAAGGCGCGCGCCCGGACCAAGGCGCGCCCCCGGACCAAGGCGCGCGCCCGGACCAAGGCCGCGCGCGCCCGGACCGAGGCGCGCGCCCGGACCAAGGCGCGCGCCCGGACCAACGCGCGCGCCCGGACCAACGCGCGCGCCCGGACCAAGACGCGACGCCCGGACCAAGGCGAGCGCCCGGCGCGCGGACGAAGGUGCGCGCCCGGACCAAGGCGCGCGCGCGGACCAAGGCGCGCGCGCAGACCAAGGCGCGCGCGCGGACCAAGGCGCGGACGCGGACCAAGGCGCGCGCCCGGACCAAGGCGCGCACCCGGACCAAGGCGCGCGCCCCCGGACCAAGGCGCGCACCCGGACCAAGGCGCGCGCCCGGACCAAGGCGCGCGCCCGGACCAAGGCGCGCGCGCCCGGACCAAGGCGCGCGCGCGGACCAAGGCGCGCGCUUGGACCAAGGCGCGCCCGUACCAAGGCGCGCGCCCGGACCAAGGCGCGCGCCCGGACCAAGGCGCGCGCCCGGACCAAGGCGCGCGCGCCCGGACCGAGGCGCGCGCCCGGACCAAGGCGCGCGCCCGGACCAACGCGCGCGCCCGGACCAACGCGCGCGCCCGGACCAAGACGCGACGCCCGGACCAAGGCGAGCGCCCGGCGCGCGGACGAAGGUGCGCGCCCGGACCAAGGCGCGCGCGCGGACCAAGGCGCGCGCGCAGACCAAGGCGCGCGCGCGGACCAAGGCGCGGACGCGGACCAAGGCGCGCGCCCAGACCAAGGCGCGCACCCGGACCAAGGCGCGCGCCCCCGGACCAAGGCGCGCACCCGGACCAAGGCGCGCUCGCCCGGACCAAGGCGCGCGCGCCCGGACCAAGGCGCGCGCGCCCGGACAAAGGCGCGCGCGCCCGGACCAAGGCGCGCGCCCGGACCAAGUCGCGCGCCCGGACCAAGGCGCGCGCCCCCGGACCAAGGCGCGCACCCGGACCAAGGCGCACGCCCGGACCAAGGCGCGCGCCCGGACCAAGGCGCGCGCCCGGACCAAGGCGCGCGCGCUGACCAAGGCGCGCGCCCGGACCAAGGCGCGCGCGCCCGGACCAAGGCUCGCGCGCCCGGACCAAGGCUCGCGCGCCCGGACCAAGGCGCGCGCCCGGACCAAGGCGCGCGCGUGGACCAAGGCGCGCGCGUGGACCAAGGCGUGCGCCCGGACCAAGGCGCGCGCGCCCGGACCAAGGGGCGCGCGCCCGGACCAAGGCGGGCGCCCGGACCAAGGCGCGCGCGCAGACCAAGGGGCGCGCCCGGACCAAGGCGCGCGCCCGGACCAAGGCGCGCCCCCGGACCAAGGCGCGCGCCCGGACCAAGGCUGCGCGCGCCCGGACCGAGGCGCGCGCCCGGACCAAGGCGCGCGCCCGGACCAACGCGCGCGCCCGGACCAACGCGCGCGCCCGGACCAAGACGCGACGCCCGGACCAAGGCGAGCGCCCGGCGCGCGGACGAAGGUGCGCGCCCGGACCAAGGCGCGCGCGCGGACCAAGGCGCGCGCGCAGACCAAGGCGCGCGCGCGGACCAAGGCGCGGACGCGGACCAAGGCGCGCGCCCGGACCAAGGCGCGCACCCGGACCAAGGCGCGCGCCCCCGGACCAAGGCGCGCACCCGGACCAAGGCGCGCGCGCCCGGACCAAGGCGCGCGCGCCCGGACCAAGGCGCGCGCGCCCGGACAAAGGCGCGCGAGCCCGGACCAAGGCGCGCGCCCGGACCAAGUCGCGCGCCCGGACCAAGGCGCGCGCCCCCGGACCAAGGCGCGCACCCGGACCAAGGUGCACGCCCGGACCAAGGCGCACGCCCGGACCAAGGCGCGCGCCCGGACCAAGGCGCGCGCGCUGACCAAGGCGCGCGCCCGGACCAAGGCGCGCGCGCCCGGACCAAGGCUCGCGCGCCCGGACCAAGGCUCGCGCGCCCGGACCAAGGCGCGCGCCCGGACCAAGGCGCGCGCGUGGACCAAGGCGCGCGCGUGGACCAAGGCGCGCGCCCGGACCAAGGCGCGCGCGCCCGGACCAAGGCCGCUGCGCGCGCGGACCAAGGCCCGCGCGCCCGGACCAAGGCGCGCGCGCCCGGACCAAGGGGCGCGCGCCCGGACCAAGGCGCGCGCGCCCGGACCAAGGCGCGCGCGCAGACCAAGGGGCGCGCCCGGACCAAGGCGCGCGCGCGGACCAAGGCGCGCGCGCGGACCAAGGCGCGGACGCGGACCAAGGCGCGCGCCCGGACCAAGGCGCGCACCCGGACCAGGGCGCGCGCGCCCGGACCAAGGCGCGCGCCCGGACCAAGGCGCGCACCCGGACCAAGGCGCGCGCCCCCGGACCAAGGCGCGCACCCGGACCAAGGCGCGCGCCCGGACCAAGGCGCGCGCCCGGACCAAGGCGCGCGCCCGGACCAAGGAUCGCGCGCCCGGACCAAGGCGCGCGCGCGCGGACCAAGGCGCACGCGCCCGGAUCAAGGGGCGCGCGCCCGGACCAAGGCGCGCACGCCCGGACCAAGGCGCGCGCGCGGACCAAGGCGCGCGCCCGGACCCAGGCGCGCGCCCGGACCAAGGCGCGCGCCCGGACCAAGGCGCGCGCGCCCGGACCAAGGCGCGCGCGCGGACCAAGGCGCGCGCCCGGACCAAGGCGCGCGCGCCCGGAUCGAGGCGCGCGCCCGGACCAACGCGCGCGCCCGGACCAAGACGCGACGCCCAGACCAAGGCGAGCGCCCGGCGCGCGGACCAAGGCGCGCGCCCGGACCAAGGCGCGCGCGCGGACCAAGGCGCGCGCGCGGACCAAGGCGCGGACGCGGACCAAGGCGCGCACCCGGACCAAGGCGCGCACCCGGACCAAGGCGCACGCGCCCGGACCAAGGCGCACGCGCCCGGACCAAGGCGCGCGCCCGGACCAAGGCGCGCGCCCGGACCAAGGCGCGCGCCCCCGGACCAAGGCGCGCACCCGGACCAAGGCGCGCGCCCGGACCCAGGCGCGCGCGCGGACCAAGGCGCGCGCCCGGACCAAGGCGCGCGCGCCCGGACCAAGGGGCGCGCGCCCGGACCAAGGCGCGCGCCCGGACCAAGGCGCGCGCGCCCGGACCAAGGCGCGCGCGCGGACCAAGGCGCGCGCUUGGACCAAGGCGCGCCCGUACCAAGGCGCGCGCCCGGACCAAGGCGCGCGCCCGGACCAAGGCGCGCGCCCGGACCAAGGCGCGCGCGCCCGGACCGAGGCGCGCGCCCGGACCAAGGCGCGCGCCCGGACCAACGCGCGCGCCCGGACCAACGCGCGCGCCCGGACCAAGACGCGACGCCCGGACCAAGGCGAGCGCCCGGCGCGCGGACGAAGGUGCGCGCCCGGACCAAGGCGCGCGCGCGGACCAAGGCGCGCGCGCAGACCAAGGCGCGCGCGCGGACCAAGGCGCGGACGCGGACCAAGGCGCGCGCCCAGACCAAGGCGCGCACCCGGACCAAGGCGCGCGCCCCCGGACCAAGGCGCGCACCCGGACCAAGGCGCGCUCGCCCGGACCAAGGCGCGCGCGCCCGGACCAAGGCGCGCGCGCCCGGACCAAGGCGCGCGCGCCCGGACAAAGGUGCGCACGCCCGGACCAAGGGGCGCGCGCCCGGACCAAGGGGCGCGCGCCCGGACCAAGGCGUGCGCGCCCGGACCAAGGCGCGCGCCCGGACCAAGGCGCGCGCCCGGACCAAGGCGCGCGCCCGGACCAAGGCGCGCGCCCGGACCAAGGCGCGCGCGCUGACCAAGGCGCGCGCGCUGACCAAGGCGCGCGCCCGGACCAAGGCGCGCGCCCGGACCAAGGCGCGCGCCCGAACCAAGGCGCGCGCGCGGACCAAGGCGCGCGCCCGGACCAAGGCGCGCGCCCGGACCACGGCGCGCACCCGGACCAGGCGCGCGCGCCCGGACCAAGGCGCGCGCCCGGACCAAGUCGCGCGCCCGGACCAAGGCGCGCGCCCCCGGACCAAGGCGCGCACCCGGACCAAGGCGCACGCCCGGACCAAGGCGCGCGCCCGGACCAAGGCGCGCGCCCGGACCAAGGCGCGCGCGCUGACCAAGGCGCGCGCCCGGACCAAGGCGCGCGCGCCCGGACCAAGGCUCGCGCGCCCGGACCAAGGCUCGCGCGCCCGGACCAAGGCGCGCGCCCGGACCAAGGCGCGCGCGUGGACCAAGGCGCGCGCGUGGACCAAGGCGUGCGCCCGGACCAAGGCGCGCGCGCCCGGACCAAGGCGCGCGCGCGCGGACCAAGGCCCGCGCGCCCGGACUAAGGCGCGCGCGCCCGGACCAAGGGGCGCGCGCCCGGACCAAGGCGGGCGCCCGGACCAAGGCGCGCGCGCAGACCAAGGGGCGCGCCCGGACCAAGGCGCGCGCCCGGACCAAGGCGCGCCCCCGGACCAAGGCGCGCGCCCGGACCAAGGCGCGCGCGCCCGGACCGAGGCGCGCGCCCGGACCAAGGCGCGCGCCCGGACCAACGCGCGCGCCCGGACCAACGCGCGCGCCCGGACCAAGACGCGACGCCCGGACCAAGGCGAGCGCCCGGCGCGCGGACGAAGGUGCGCGCCCGGACCAAGGCGCGCGCGCGGACCAAGGCGCGCGCGCAGACCAAGGCGCGCGCGCGGACCAAGGCGCGGACGCGGACCAAGGCGCGCGCCCGGACCAAGGCGCGCACCCGGACCAAGGCGCGCGCCCCCGGACCAAGGCGCGCACCCGGACCAAGGCGCGCGCGCCCGGACCAAGGCGCGCGCGCCCGGACCAAGGCGCGCGCGCCCGGACAAAGGUGCGCACGCCCGGACCAAGGGGCGCGCGCCCGGACCAAGGGGCGCGCGCCCGGACCAAGGCGUGCGCGCCCGGACCAAGGCGCGCGCCCGGACCAAGGCGCGCGCCCGGACCAAGGCGCGCGCGCGGACCAAGGCGCGCGCCCGGACCAAGGUGCGCGCGCUGACCAAGGCGCGCGCCCGGACCAAGGCGCGCGCCCGGACCAAGGCGCGCGCGCGGACCGAGGCGCGCGCCCGGACCAAGGCGCGCGCCCGGACCAACGCGCGCGCCCGGACCAACGCGCGCGCCCGGACCAAGACGCGACGCCCGGACCAAGGCGAGCGCCCGGCGCGCGGACGAAGGUGCGCGCCCGGACCAAGGCGCGCGCGCGGACCAAGGCACGCGCGCGGACCAAGGCGCGCGCGCAGACCAAGGCGCGCGCGCGGACCAAGGCGCGGACGCGGACCAAGGCGCGCGCCCGGACCAAGGCGCGCACCCGGACCAAGGCGCGCGCCCCCGGACCAAGGCGCGCACCCGGACCAAGGCGCGCGCGCCCGGACCAAGGCGCGCGCGCCCGGACCAAGGCGCGCGCGCCCGGACAAAGGUGCGCACGCCCGGACCAAGGGGCGCGCGCCCGGACCAAGGGGCGCGCGCCCGGACCAAGGCUUGCGCGCCCGGACCAAGGCGCGCGCCCGGACCAAGGCGCGCGCCCGGACCAAGGCCCGCGCGCGGACCAAGGCGCGCGCCCGGACCAAGGUGCGCGCGCUGACCAAGGCGCGCGCCCGGACCAAGGCGCGCGCCCGGACCAAGGCGCGCGCGCGGGCCAAGGCGCGCGCGCGGACCAAGGCGCGCGCCCGGACCAAGGCGCGCGCGCGGACCAAGGCGCGGACGCGGACCAAGGCGCGCGCCCGGACCACGGCGCGCACCCAGACCAGGCGCGCGAGCCCGGACCAAGGCGCGCGCCCGGACCAAGUCGCGCGCCCGGACCAAGGAGCACGCCCGGACCAAGGCGCACGCCCGGACCAAGGCGCGCGCCCGGACCAAGGCGCGCGCGCUGACCAAGGCGCGCGCCCGGACCAAGGCGCGCGCGCCCGGACCAAGGCUCGCGCGCCCGGACCAAGGCUCGCGCGCCCGGACCAAGGCGCGCGCCCGGACCAAGGCGCGCGCGUGGACCAAGGCGCGCGCGUGGACCAAGGCGCGCGCCCGGACCAAGGCGCGCGCGCCCGGACCAAGGCGCGCGCGCGCGGACCAAGGCCCGCGCGCCCGGACCAAGGCGCGCGCGCCCGGACCAAGGGGCGCGCGCCCGGACCAAGGCGCGCGCCCGGACCAAGGCGCGCGCGCAGACCAAGGGGCGCGCCCGGACCAAGGGGCGCGCCCGGACCAAGGCGCGCGCCCGGACCAAGGCGCGCCCCCGGACCAAGGCGCGCGCGCCCGGACCAAGGCGCGCCCCCGGACCAAGGCGCGCGCCCAAACCAAGGCGCGCGCGCGCGGACGAAGACGCGCGCCCGGACCAAGGCGCGCGCGCUGACCAAGGCGCGCGCGCGGACCAAGGCGCACGCCCGGACCAAGGCGCGCGCGCCCGGACCAAGGGGCGCGCGCCCGGACCAAGGCGCGCGCGCCCGGACCAAGGCGCGCGCGCCCGGACAAAGGCGCGCGCGCCCGGACCAAGGCGCGCGCGCCCGGACCAAGGGGCGCGCGCCCGGACCAAGGGGCGCGCGCCCGGACCAAGGCGUGCGCGCCCGGACCAAGGCGCGCGCCCGGACCAAGGCGCGCGCCCGGACCAAGGCGCGCGCGCGGACCAAGGCGCGCGCCCGGACCAAGGCGCGCGCGCUGACCAAGGCGCGCGCCCGGACCAAGGCGCGCGCCCGGACCAAGGCGCGCGCCCGGACCAAGGCGCGCGCCCGGACCAAGGCGCGCGCCCGGACCAAGGCGCGCGCGCGGACCAAGGCGCGCGCGCGGACCAAGGCGCGCGAGCGGACCAAGGCGCGCGCCCGGACCAAGGCGCGCGCCCGGACCAAGGCGCGCGCGCGGACCAAGGCGCGCGCCCGGACCAAGGCGCGCGCCCGGACCAAGGCGCGCGCCCGGACCAAGGCGCGCGCCCGGACCAAGGCGCGCGCGCGGACCAAGGGGCGCGCGCGGACCAAGGCGCGCGCGCGGACCAAGGCGCGCGCGCCCGGACUUAGGCGCGCGCUCGGACCAAGGGGCGCGCACCCGGACCAAGGCGCGCGCGCCCAGACCAAGGCGCGCGCCCGGACCAACGCGCGCGCCCGGACUAAGGCGCGCGCCCGGACCAAGGCGCGCGCGCGCGGACCAAGGCGCGCGCGCCCGGACCAAGGCGCGCGCGCGCGGACCAAGGCGCGCGCGCCCGGACCAAGGCGCGCGCGCGCGGACCAAGGCGCGCGCGCCCGGACCAAGGCGCGCGCGUGGACCAAGGCGCGCGCGUGGACCAAGGCGCGCGCGUGGACCAAGGCGCGCGCGUGGAUCAAGGCGCGCGCGUGGACCAAGGCGCGCGCGUGGGCCAAGGCGCGCGCGUGGACCAGUGCGCGUGCGUGGACCAAGGCGCGCGCGUGGACCAAGGCGCAUGCGUGGACCAAGGCGCGCGCGUGGAUCAAGGCGCGCGCGUGGACCAAGGCGCGUGCGUGGACUGCGGGGAUGCAGGGUUGGCGCAAGGGCGCGAGGGCACAAGGGCACGAGGGCGCGACGGCGCAACGGCGCAAGGGCGCAAGAGCGCAACGGUGGAACAGCUCAAUAGCGCAACCGUGCAACAGUGCAAUUUGA